AUGAAGAAGCAACAGGGCAUCCCUGCAGCAGCCUACAGACCAGAAGAGAGCCAGGAAAGGAAGGCAGUGCAGCACAAGUGGGUGCGAGGGGCUCACAGUGGGAGCAAGCACAACAAGUCGCCCUCUGCAGUGCCCGGUGGUCUUCCAGAAGCCAGCCCCUUCUCCAACUCCCCGGCAGGAGCGCGAUGCCGCCCCGGGAGCGAGAGCCCCGCCGCACACUGGAGGCCGGUGCCAGGGUUAGGGGGUGUGCGCUCUUCCCCGCUGGCGCCCACCCUCACUUUUCCCCUCCGCAGCCCCCACUCGGGCGCACCCCCUCCAAGCCUGGCUCCGCCGCCCCAGGCCCUGCCAAGCCGGGGCUGCCGAGGGGAAGAGGGCGCCGGAAAGCAGGAGGGAUGCAAGUCAAGGAGUGAGCCCGCAGUCACCACGCCACCCGGCCCUGCGGCGCCGGGCGCAGGGCGCAGGGCGCACGGGACUCCGCAGCGGGCGCCCGCUGCAGAUGUGGCGGCAGCUGCUGCAGCUGUGGCUGCGGCUGGGCGGGCGGCAGUGGCCGCGCAGUCCUGGGAUCCGGGAGAAGAGGAGCAGCCGCUGGGACGACGCGCAGCCACUCGCCGCAGGCAGCUGCCCGGGUGUCUCGCCAGCACUCCGGGCCGCCGCGGGGUCCGGGGCAAAAGCCUGGAAGAAAGCGCGGCUCACCGGUGGUGCGCGCGGUCCUCGCCUCGGCUCCGGCGCCCGGUCGCUCGGCUCCAGUCUCGCCCUCCGCGAAGCGCCCGGAUCAGCGGCGGGUGCAGCGCGCGAGCUUCCUACUUGAGAUCAGGACGGGCUCCGGCGACUGAGCAUGCCCAGUGCCGCUCCGCGAGUCCCGCGCAGGGAGCGGCGCCGGCGACAUUCCACUUCUCCAGGCUUUGGCGGCGGCUGCGCGAGGAGAAGCUGGAGGGGCUGGUCCGGCGGGGGCCGAGGGGGAUCUAG